AUGCGCCAGUCGUCCUUUGGAACGAGUUUUCAAAUCGUCAGAGCAGUGUGCACGUCUCUUACAAUGUAUUUUUUAGUAGACACCUGCACUUCUGCCGUAAAAGGUUAUGGGCAUCUGACUCCACAUUUUCCUCGUUUCAUUUCCGGUUUACGUUGCGUUGCGUGUAACGUGACAAUCUCUAGGGAAUUACACGUGCUUUGACAUUUUGGAGAUAGUUUUACCUUCGUGUAGCUGUUUUGGUUUGUAAAACUGUUCUUUAACGUGAUUGUGAUCGUGAUUAUAAUGUGAUCGUUAGUGCGAUUUCCCUUUUUCUUGCACGUUAUUGUAACGCUACACACGGAUUAAAAGCGAAAGCUACAAAUAUAUCUAUUCAGAUCUAUCUAAUAAGGGUAAAGGAGCAUGAAAAUGUAUAACAAUAUUCUGGUUUAAGCAAAUUUUUAGCACAGUCGGCGGAGAAAAUAAUAUACAUUUUCGAAAAUGGUUCCUAACAAUGCGUAAAAGUCGUCGCCUUGGAAACACAUGGAAUAACCAGAAAUGUAAAGAAAGUCAUUUCCAGAAGGUUGCAAAACCUACCAAAGAAAGAGUAGCCACAUUCUCUGUUACUUAACAGAUUAAUGUAACUUUAAUAAAGGGAAUUUAAACUUCACUCUCUGAAAAAGUGAGUCACCACAGCACCUGAACAUACUUUGUAGGCCGCGUUCACAAUGGCAGAGGGCCGGUUGUUUAAAUUUCAAAUUUUUGCCGUUGUUUAACAAAACCGCGUUAUAAAUUAUCUUGAAUAUAGCUGAAUCUUUAUCUGAACAUUUAUCUUAGUGAACAAUGUCAAGAGGGCCGAAAGCUCACAGUGGAAGGACAUUUAUUUCGUGGAAACAACUUAACCCUCUUAUAAAGAAUACGUAAGGCCCACUGCUAGCGUAAAACUGCAGUUUGGGUUAGACCUCGUGUAAAUAACCAGCCCAUAAAGUCUACUUUGCUGGUCAAAUUCACCAUGAGCCUGUUUUAAGCUGUUCACUAUUUCAACAAAACUAUCCCCCUCUUAUCAUGUUUCAUUUAACAUACAAAAUUAGAUCAAAUCAUUGUUUUGUCAUUUUCAAACAAAGCCUGUAUGUUAAUAUUGCAGUCUUCUAUUACGAGAGUGUAAUAUUCUUUGUUUUCCCCUGGCCUAAGCGUGCUCAACGAAAUAAAUUUAAACAGAACCAAAAAUGAUUCUAACGACGCGAAGUAAAAUUGUAAGUUUGAUUGUGAUCGUUUGUUUGACCGGUUUUUUCCUCUAUGCUUCGUACAUAGCCGAGUUCGGACGAGAAAGAACACAGACCAGAAACAUUUACAGCAGAAUAGGUAAGUCAACGACUUGAAAUGAUUUGCAGAAUUUGAUGUACAGCACAUGACUUAUGCUCUCGGGGUUUUAAACAAGAACACUUCCAAAAUUAAGACUGUUUUGAAAACGACUUUAAAGCGGGUUGUAAUUCAUUUAAAGCUGUUCUCUUGAGCCUGCGAAAGCUUACCAACUCGAAGGGCCGAUUUCAGUUGGACAUGACAACAUGAAGUAAAUAGGCUUCCAUGGUUUUCAGAAACUUUAUAUCUACACGUCUAAACCAAGCUUAAUGAGUGAAUUUUUUCCUUAAUUUUCAUGAAGAAUAGUAGGUAUGCUUUGCUAUUUUCGACAAAAACGCAAGUUUUUUGCCAAAUUUUGUUACAGUUCUCCCACGCAAGUCGAAGAUCUGUUCCGUGAUGUUUCGUCGUAGUGAACCGAUAUCUGAAUACAUGUCUACUGAGCGCAUUGUGGCUGAAUUCCUUAUAGGAAAUUCUUUAUAAAACUUACACGAGCUUUAAAAGUGAAAAAAGAAUUGUAAAGUGACUUUUAUUUAAUGUUUUUGGUAUGAAAGAAACAGUUAUUGAGACUGUUGAUGUAAUUUCGUGAUUUGAGGUGGUAAUAGGAAUAUUUAGAACAACUGGAUAAAUGCAUAGUGUGAUAUACUGAAUUGGCAUGGAUAGUACGAGAUUUAUCCGAGUACCGCUAUGGGCGAACUAAGAACUAAGAACUAACUAAGAACUAAGAACUUCAUUUAAUGAAAUCAUAGCUUAACUAAGGACAAAAAAUCUCAAUUGAGAAACGAGUUUGGAAAAAGCCGGAGAGAGAAAAGCCAUCGUAUUAAUAAUUUCGUGAUAUUUACGUCUUUUGUCUUGAUUAAUUCAAUACUUUCGUUUGCACAGCGCCUAAAGUGGUCAAUCGAAAUGUUUCGCCUACAGAGUCGAAAGCUUCAGUUGGAACGACGAAUACAAAGACAAGUAUGUAUUUCUUAAAAAGUUUAUGAAACUAAUGAUUUUCGAGUUAUUUGUGAUCAUAUUUGCUGAUUUUAACUUAAAAACCAUGCACAGUAUUUUAGCCGUAACUAGAGAGCAAAGGACACGAAUUAAGAAUGUGUUUAAUUUAUGGACAAAAGACCGAACAGACUAGAUUAAGAAAAAAAGCUAGGGAAAUUUCCCUAAUAAAUCCUUAAGCGUAUGGCUGGCAAUAAUGAUUAAAAAUUACCUCCUAAUUUCAAUGAAGGAACCUUUGAGUUACAUUAUCCGAAAUCCAAGUUAAUUCGGCGCUUACUGAAUUUUCUCAUUCCCAAGAUCUGCAUUGCGAUUUCCCACACUGUCUCCGAUCCAUUUGUUAUGAUUUCAUUUCUAGAAUGUGGUGUUUAGUCACAGAUUGUCCCUCAAUCAAGUCUUUGGCCUUAACAGAAAAAUCAAAAUUACCGACUUUUUGAUCAAAAUAUUGCAGUGUACGGAACGAAUUUGAGAACCUUGUGUUAAAAUACACUUUUUCGUGUCAGAGGAGGAUGGAGGUAUCGGACAAACACGUAAAUUUAACUAGUUUUAUAAAAUAUUCGGAAUUUGUCAUCAUUUUAUCAAGCAUUAUUAAUUAAUUAUUAUCUACACUGUAGAACAAGGGAAAAACAGAGCAACAGACCAGUGGAUACCAAAACACCUCCUACCAUAAUUGUUGCCACAGUCAUAGGUUUUAAAAAUUCCUUGACUUUCCCAGACGAACGUAAAUUUUUCUGACCAAUUGAAUUAACAAUUUCACCAGCAAAUCCUGAUAAUGACCUCAAACCUCCCGUCAAAGCCAUUCUUUCCACCCAUAAAUUAAAACUUUCAGCAAGUCACAGACAGCGUGCAGGAAUUGAUAAUUCCCAAAGGUGACAUGGAUUUUCCGAAAAACCCAACAUCAGUUUAUUUCACCAAUCCAAUAUCUUUCAUGUCCGUGAAAUAUACGGAAGGAAAAAAAAUGGAUGAUGUCUUUCACAAAUCAACUUUAAUUUGCUUUACAAAGGGAAAGGAUAUGUUGGUUAGGAAUCUGACAACUGUUAAAAAAAUGUGCAUAAUCAACAUCAAAAGGAAAGUGUCAUCAUCUUUCAUCAUCAAGAGUGUAAAUUCCCAGACUUGUUCCAGGCACUGAAUUUUCCUGACCUGUGACAACUAUGCCUAAAAUUAUUGUGCUGGAAACAUUAUAUGUGCUAUAAACACAACGAAGGACAGGUGGCAUCUUUCAAUCUCCUAGUUCGGCAAUCUAAAAUCUUCGCCUUCGAAAUGUUCAGAACACACGUUGGCACUAGAUGUUACCCUUAAGUAUUUAUUUUGACAUUUUUUCAUUCUAAAAUUCCAUGUGUGUUUCAAAAGAAACUGAAAAACAACCAUCACAUUUAAAUCAAGACGAGACGCAGAUUAAUUAAAACACAAAUUCUUGCGACUUGUAGUUGAAGAAAUAAAGCAUGGAUACUUAACUUCUGAAGCUUAGGAUCCUUAAGAAAAUACAAAUCCGAAUUUGUGGCAGUUACAGGCGCGGCGAUAGUCGACCGUGCCUUACGCUUCUUAGUUGAAUGCCUUAUGGCCGCGACUGUUGUCUACCCAUUUCGGACCACGUGUCCAAUCUAUGACGUAUGAAGCCAAAAGGGUCUAUUUCCUUUGCAGCAAACUGAAUAAUUAAGGCCGGUUGGGUCUGACUUAAUUGCUUAAAAUUUAAAAUAAACUACAAUACCCUGUCUAUCGUAGGUGAGGUCAUCAGUCGAAAGGUUGUUCCAACUCAAGCUACAGCCACAGAAAAACCCACAAACAAUUCAUCUCCAAAGGUUUUCAUUUAUCUAACUCAAACAGAGCAAUGUCUUCCUUCAAACUUGGCCUCUUCUUCCGAGAUCGGCGACCCCGAGACAUGUCACUGUGAUGUCAUAGUGCUAAGCUUUCGUACUAAAUGUCAGGUGCAAAAGUCGCCUCACAUCACUUAUCUGUUCGAUCCUAAUACUGGAUGGGGAACAGGACGAAAUGUGCUGUAUUUUGCUGCAAUGAAGAGAUCCCCAAAAUACCAUUAUUACAUUUUUAUGGAUGAGGAUGUGGUACUUAGGUUCAAUUCAUUUGCUUCGCAUGAAAUGACAAGGCUUCCACCGUACAGAGUCGUGGAACAAUGGCUCCUAGAUUACGAGCCUGUGGUUGGCGUUUUGGAUUAUGGAGUGCAUCAUGGAGCAAGCUGGACAAAUGAUAGACGACGGAAUAUAUGUAACAUGACGGACAGUCCCCUUGUGAUACCAACAAUAUGGUUCGAUGGCGUUUUUAAUGCAUUUCAUUUCAAAGCUAUCGAGCAUCUUUUCCCUUACCGCGUGCAAUACGAAAAAAUAAGUUGGUGGUCGCUGCAUAGAUACAUCUGGUCUGCUGUGGAACUGAUAUUUCGAGGCCAGGCAUUGAUGUUUGUGGCUGUUACUGCGGGUAAUCCCACACACCGCUCAUACCCAAAGUCUUUAGUGGACAUAAGCACAUAUUGGAGAGACUAUAUAGACACAAUCCGAAAGGAAGCUCCUUUAGUUUACAGAGUUCAACCCUUAUUUGAAGAUUUUAGGCAGAAUCUGGAGAAUUACGUUAUUACCUCUAGCACAUAUUGCAUGACUGUGAUUCGUCAUCAACCUAUUAAACCAUACUCACAUUUUGAUAGUCAGACAGAGUUCCAGUAAAGUUUCCUGUAUGAGGAGGCUAGGAAUAGGUAAACUCGAGUAAAAUGUAGCCUAAUAUAUGCGAGUAAACAGCUAAUCCCGCACAAAUUGCAAGCCACUCUGUUUAUAAACUAGGUGAACUGUAACAGACUCUCCAAGUAUGUCUCCUGGUUUUUAAAACACAGUUUCCAUUCAAAAGGCGUGGGAGACACUUGAAUACCACGCUAUUUGGUCUUAGACAUAUUGGUUCUACUGCAGGUGAACACGGCAUGGGUGAACACAGGAGGGAUUUGCUGCAUGCACGAUGGUAAGUAUUAUGUUGCGUGCACAGGUAAUCUCUCCUUAUCAAAGUGAGUCAGAGGCAGAUAACCUCGGAGCAUUGGUAGAGGUGUGGUUUAUAAAAGUGUGAGUCCAAUUCACAUCCUAAAAUGGAUUGGUUUACCUCAGUUACAUCUUCCUUGAAUGCAAAACGAGAGAAACAUCGCGCUAUUGUUUACAAUGCGCCGUGCGACCGCAGAUUUUCGGCGUCAAACUCAACCGAAUGUGGGUUGUCAUUAGAUAAAAUUUGCUAAGAAAGUUAUGAUUAGGAAAGGGUAGUAACAAAAUAUUUAUAAGUUUAAAGCUUUCUUUCCCAUAUCAAAUAAGGCGUUGAACCACUUUUCAAACAAGCGGUCUUAUUGACACCUUUUUAUUAGUCGUUUUUUUUUUGUUGUUUUUGUUUCUUAGAGAUUAUAGCUUGUUUACACUUGUGGACAAACUUUUUCAACCUGAGUUUCAGUUCUGAACUGACAAAGCGAACUCAUCAGCUUUGGAUGAUAUCGUAUAGUACAUCCUUUUUGGAUUUUGGCGUAAAUUGAACAAUUUCUCUGAUUCUUGGUAUUCGUAAAAGUCAGUUUGGCUUACGCAAAUGUUUUCAAAAUCGUCUACUUGAAACUCUUGCUCACCAUCAAUGAUUUCGCCUGUUCCCUUUAUAUUUUGUCUUUCUAUUUUGAAAAACAUUCCCAGGCCUUGUCUUCAUCUUCAUAUCUUUCUUUUUCAUUACUGUUAUCUUCAAUUUCACCAUCACUCAGAUCAUCACCAGGUUAAAAGGUCUGCUGUUGCUAACGACAAACAUGCAAAACUGAAUAUUUUUUUUUCGUUUCGCUGAGGUAGACAAAUUCUUACAGGACGUGAAAACUGAAAAAAAAUUUGAAACUCCCUUUGGCACAUUAAAUUGAUGAGCAGGUAUAAUCUCAGCACAGAAAAUUAUACUUAUGAUGAUGGUAAAUGAAUGAGUUCUUUUCUGCAAAAGAUGCGUUUCCGAUGGCGUAUCCGAAUGGUAUAGAGUCACGUCUAGGACCAGCCAGAUGGUGUUUUGUUUACCACAUCCUUAAUUUCCACUCCGACAUCUUACCAGUGAAUAGUGCAAAUCAAUAUUAGAAUGACCUAAAAACUGAAUUUAUUUAAGUCAUGGGUAAUAUUUCAAGUUAUGUUUGUCCUUCCCUUUUAUGGGCUCAUAGUCAUACAACUAUACUCUAAGCAGAGAAAACUAAACUUGUGAUGAGGGUGAAUAAAUGGUAUGUUUUUCCUUCCUGCAAAAUAUAUGUUUCCAAUUACGUAUCAUUAAACAAUGAUACAAAUUUCUGAUAUUAUUUCUUUUCUCCUGUAAUACGUCAGAGCAUUAUCUCCUUCCUUCUCACGUCACAAGAGGACACCAGUUGAAGGGGAUAUUGGAAUUUGCGGCGUUGCGGUUUUUACCUUUUUCCGUUGAAAAAAGUUUCAUAUUGUAGUGUUGUGAGGACAACAAAUCCUAACGUAUACGUUGGUAUCGAUUUAUUGAUUAAGAAACAUUAGAUGUGUGCCGGAGCAGUCGAGGCCCUAUUGCAUUCGACCUAGAUGAUCAACAAGGACGGUGAUUCGACUCUAUCCUCAACACAUUCAGUUGUGUGGGCGCAUGAAAAACAUGUUAUGGUAUUGGUGAACUGUCAACUUUUCGUGAGGUGAUGAGGCUUACUCUGUUGCGGUAUUCAAAGACCCAGAUGUUCUCAUCUGUAAGGGCCAAAAGAAAAACUGGUUUGAGUAUUCGAGCAUUGUAAGCCAGGCUUUAUAGACUUCCUGAUUUACGCUUAACCUGUGAUAAUACUACUCGAUAUUCGCGUGGUCAAUAUCUUAUCGGUUGUGUAUACUAUUUAAAUGGAGAAAGCAUACGAGUUUGCAAAUGUUGAUAGAAUUCUCUUUCACUUUUCUCGUUAAAAAAUUGAGACUAUCGUCAGUUUUCAUCAUGCGAGCGUCUACCCGUGUUUAGUUCCAUCCUUGGCCCCAGAGCCACUAGUUCCCUGGGAAGCCGGUAGAAUGGAUGUCUACUUUAACACUUCUGGUCUCCAUCUUAGAAACAAAAUGGUUUCAGGAGUGAGCUCUUUUAUCGAAUUUGUCGUUUGAAUGAUUAUAGCUAGAAGCAAUAACAAUUCAGCGGAAGUUCUAUUUUGAACUUUGCGCGUGCAAUUUUUCGCGGAAUUUCUCCGACGCUGGCAUUUUGGCAGAAUUUUUCCAGUGUUGAAAACUGAUUUUUGCGAUGCUAUGUUUGAGCAACAAAUCUUUUAAGAUUCACCUGUUAUAUUCAGUUGAGUUACAGCACACCCUAUUUGGUAGAGAAAACUCGUUAAAAUUAUAAAAAAAAAAACUUAGAGGCGUGCAAUGUCCAACAUCAUACUGAGGGAAGUCAGUUUUUUCGCGGCGUGAGUUUACAAAGGACUUUUUUUUUCAAUGGGAAAGAUAUUUCUACGAAUGAAGAGUAAUGGCAAAACUCACAAAUAUCAAAACCUUCAAAAUCUGUAAGGAACAAGUUCAUUGUUCUUUUUACGCUUUCUUUUACGUCAUAUUUUGUGCCUUGUACACAACGUAGGCGACCAAAUGUAACGCAAUUAUUCAUAUUGAAUGCAACGUAAACAGUGAGUACUUUGAUUGAACAAAACCGAAAGACAUUUUUCUUCAAGUACGAUUUUAACAUGUCUGGAGCUGCUGCUAGUUUUUUUACAACCAUUGCAACUGCGUUCAAAAUAGCCGUGCAAUCGAACGAAGUUCCAAUUAAGACCAUCGUAGCCACAUUGCUUUUGUACGGCGUGAAAGAAUUUCUUAACGACAUCAUCUUUUCUUGUCCGGAAGAACAUUCUCAAGUUUACGGCAGUCUCUUCAUCUUCGGCCCGUCUAUUUUCCUCUUCUGUCUUUCGCUGCUGGCUUCUCCUCCUUUUUGGCAAGCUGUCACCGGCUGUUGUCUCCUGAGAUGUCGCGGAAAGAAAUUGUUGUUGAUGAAGGCGAAAAAUAGCGUGUUCGUGGCUUGUUUGCCACCUCUUAUUUGGUUGAUGUACGCUUUCGUCGAAGAGGACUAUUACGUUUGUGCUAAACUUGGCCCUCUUGACGCAGCACUUGCUAUGGCAAACACAACUGCGCAGAGAGAAGCCGUGAAUAAGGAAUUUACUCAAGCAAAAACGACGUCACAGUUGAUCGCAUGGGGUUUAGUACUAGGUAUAGUUAUUCUUUCCACAAUCUUCGUCACGAUCUACCGCUUGUGUUUGCCAAUUGAUCCAAAACUACUGGGCAAAUACGCUUAUGAGGAAUACGAAGCCGACAAAGCUGUGGCCCUUUUCAACGAAAAAGUAAAACCUCUCGCAGAACAACAAGCGCAAGACCUGAUCGAUGGUUUGUUUGAGACGUACAAGGACAAAGAUCCCGAGGAACAGCUUGCAAUUGUCGAGGAGCAGCUCAAGAAACUAUUCCCGAGACAUGCUGGUGUUUUAACGGGAUCUGUUCGAUCUUACCCAAGUGGAUCAAGACAAGUGUCACCAGCUAUUGCUUCAAAGAAAACAGAGGCAGGGAAUACCAUGGAGUUACGUCCAAUGAUGUCAUAG